AGAUUAACUGAAGGCUCUUCUUACACAUCCUCGCUGGUGCGGUAUUCAACAGGGGGACACAGGAUCCUCGAGGCAGUCGAUUAUUUGCCUCAAAAUGCCCGGUAUUGGAUCUUCAAAGAAGGGCGGCGCGGCUAAAAAAGCCGCUGCAGAUGACGACCUUCGUCAGCGCUCCAAGGCCCGCGGUCUUCUGAAUACGUCCAACCUCCCGGCCCUGCAGAACCUGCUCAAGCGUGACCCAGCCAGCUACAGAGAUGACUUUAUUGCGCAAUGGAAUCACUAUCAGUCCUUGAGUCGGAUCCUCAGAAGCGACAUGGGCAUCGGGAUGGACGCCAGCGGGUCAGGUGCAGGUAUGGCUGGGCCAUCGGCAGCUUCACAGAUAAUCAAGACGUCCAAAGACGAGCACAAUCGCUUCCUUUCGUUGCUUUCCUUCGUUGCGCAGCUCGCUCCAUCAUACCCUCAGAUCACCAAGGGGUUUCCUGAAGAAUUGUCAACUCUGCUUUUGCAGCAUCACUCGGCGCUCAGCCCGGACCUCAGGCUCAGUUGUGUCAAAAGUCUAGUCCUGUUGCGCAACAAGGACCAUAUCAGCUCUGAAGAACUCCUUCGCACACUGCUCCCGCUCUUAUCACUCACAACUUCGGCUACCCUGCGCACUUUUGUACAAAAGACGAUUUUGUCCGAUCUCAAGACCGCAAACCUUAAGACAAAGGCGGUGAAGCUCAAUAGUCUGGUGCAAGGAUGGCUUUUCAGUCUUAUUCAGAAGGGUAUCGAAGCGAACAAGGUUGCGGCUGCAGGUAUCGGCAUCAACGACACUGGCUCGGCCGCCAGCAAGGCGAAAGGUAAACUUGCCGCUGAGAGCCGCAUGAAGAGCGAGGCUCUCUGGGCUGUGCGCUUGGCAUCGGAGCUGUGGCGCAAGAACAUCUGGAGAGACGCCAAGACGGUGCAGAUCAUCAGCGAAGGGUGCUUCCACCCACAUCCAAAAGUCCAAGCCUCUUGUAUCAGGUUCUUCCUUGGUGAUCUGCACGCCUCCGAGACCGCAAACGGAUCUGACGACGAGAAUGACGGCAGCGAUAGUGACGAGACCAGUGCCCAUACACCAGAUAUGUCUAAGCUGAAGCACCAACGGAAAGUCAAGAAGAAGACGCGCAGUGCAGACAGAAAGAUCAAAGCAGCAGCAGCGACAGCGCGCAAGAUGAACAAGCAGAAGGAGGCCAACCGCGGUGGAGAUGGAGAUGGGACGAUGAACGCUGCAGCCAUUGAUUUAUUGCAUGAUCCUCAGAGCUUUGCGGACAAGCUAUUCGAAAUGCUUCGCAUUGGUGACAAAAGGACUCCGAUCGAGCUCAAGGUCAGGAUCAUGCAAUUACUCAGUAGAGUCAUCAGUUUAAACAAGCUCGCUGUUCUCGGGUUCUAUUCCUACGUCGUCAAGUAUCUUGCGCCACAGCAACUCCACGUCACACUCAUCUUGGUCUCGGUGGCGCAAUCUGUCCACGAGCAGACGCCCCCUGAUGUGCUCGUGCAGAUUGUUCGCAAGCUUUCCGACGCAUUCGUUCACCCCGGCGUCGGUCCAGAGGUCAUUGCGGCCGGUCUCAACACCAUUCGUGAAGUGUGUCGCCGACAGCCUUCGGUCAUGGAAGGCUCGGCCGAGCGCGACCUGCUCGAGGACCUCAUCGCAUACCGCAAGAGUAAGGACAAAGGCGUGUGUGCGGCCAGUCGCGGUUUGCUGGCUCUUUACAGGGAGGUGAACCCUGCGUUGCUCCACAAGCGGGAACGUGGCAAAGCCGCGACGAUGGCCGCUAUCGCAGGUGAACCCAUUGGAUCCUCCAUGCAAUUUGGCGUGGAUAAGAACGAAGUUCAUGGCAUUCCCGGUCUAGAUUUGCUAGCAAAGCACCUGGAUGAGCAUAAUGAUGAAGAGGUGGAUGAGGCCGACGAAAAAGGCUGGGAGGGAUGGGAGCUAGAGAGCGACAGCGAUUCUGACAGUGACGACGGCGGUGGAUGGAUCGACGUCAUCAGCGAUGAAGAAGAUGGGCGAGACGGUUUUGAGAUCUCAGACAGCGAGGACGAAGAUGGUAAUCCGAAAGAAAAGGUCGGAGACGCAGAUGGACCAAAACCUAGCGCAAAGGAGCGUGCCACGCAAUGGAAGGCGCAGCGGCAGGUGGAGAAGGCGAGGCGGAAAGCUGGUGAAGUAGACGAUGAAAAGGAGGAAAGUGAGGCGGUAAAAGCGAGGAGAGAGCAAGCGCUCAAAGACGCACAGGAGCUGGCUGAAAGGGCGAAAGCUGCGGAAGAGGUGGUAAUGAAGCUUGCGACAACCAAGAUCCUCACACCAGCUGAUUUUGCAAAACUCAACGAGCUGCGCUUGGCGUCAGCUGAAGCCGCAGCUAAGGCUGGGUCAAUAGGCUCAAAGAAGGCCUUGCAGGAGCUUAAGGCGGCCACAGCUGCCAGCAAAAAACGAGCGGCCGGCGCACAGGGAAACACAUUCUUGGACGAAGGCGAUAUCCUUGGACCGCGCAAAAAGGCCAAAGCAGAUUAUGAGGAGCGCAUGGCCUCGAUCGCCAAGGGAAGGGAGGACCGGGACAAGUUUGGAAGCAAGAAAGGCAAGAAGAACAAGGACACGCCGAGCUCGACGACAAAUGAACAGAAAAAGAAGAGCAAGAACUUCCAAAUGAUUCAGAAGAGUUUCCAGGUCAGGAGCAAGAAGAGGGCAAGUCUAUAUGAAAAGUCCAAGAAGCUUCGAAAGCACAUCGACAAAGCCAAGAAGCGUACCAAGUGAAUGUAUUAUACAAGUGGGCGAAUAGGUAGAGCUACAGUCUGCGGCC